UGUGAUGCCUCUGUCUGUCCUGAGCUCCUCCUGAGCAGGUUGGGGGUCUGCAUGGCUGGCAGUUGCACAACUGCAGCUGCUGGAGCUGAAGGGAUCCCUGGGUAUUCUCCCUUCAUGGGGACAUCACGAGGCCCUUAGCAAGACCACCAGGGCCUCCAGCAGCUGGGCUCUGGCCUCCCUGUUCCUCACUGCAGGAUGUCCUGGCAGUAGGCUGUGGGGACAGACACACCGUACAUGUCUGAGCUCUGCUCUCCAUGGGCACACAACAAGGAGCAAAUAGGCCAAUUCCAGCGAGCUCCAGUGAUGCCUCCCAUGAACAGAAAGGACGCUGUCAGGCCUGUCGUGAGUCCCAGGGCACUGGGCUGUGCAGGGACUGGCACAGGGCUGGGAGCUGGUAGGUCCCAGAAACAGGAGCUGUGCUGACACUUCCAUGAUUGGUCCUGGGCUCUGUCCCCAACCCUGCCUCUCCCCCAUGCAGAGCUGAGGGUAGGGGUGGAGAAGAGAGAGCUCCCCUCUGUGCAGCUCUGUGCUGCAAGGAGAGAGAGAGGCUGUCUGGAGAAAGAGAAAGAGAUUCAGCUCUAGUGCUCUGGGGCUUUGGGACCAGGGUGCUCCCCUUCAAGGAAGGCAGCUUGUCAGAGGCAGCAUCAGCACUGAGGCUGAGGCUCAGGAUGGCUGGGCUUAGACAUGCAACAUGGAGAGCUGUGUGGGUGGUGAGUUGGCUACACUAGUGUGUGCCCAAGAUGAAAGCAAAGCAGCUGCUUCUGCAAGACAAGAGUUUGCUCUUCCUACGGGUCUGGAUCAUCCUCUUCCCAAACCAAGGGAACCGUGGAGCUGCUGCCUUCUCAGCUCAUCACCCACUCAAGGGUCCCUGGAGCCAGCCUUGAGGGCUGUGGUGAGCGCUCAUCCCUUCCACAUGCUCACUAGAGCCUUCCGGGCCAUGCUGGGGCACAGAGGGGAGGUACCUCAGCUUAGCUCUUACACAGUCCCAAUAUGCACAGGCUCCCUGCUGCCCAAGGAUCUGCUUUCCACACAGCCAGGAGUGCCCUUCCCUACCACAGGCUCCCUGCAGCCCAGGGAUGUGCCUGAGACACAGCCAACACAGCAGGGAAUGCCUUGCCUGCAAACAGGCUCCUUGCAGCCCAAGGAUCUGCCUGAGACACAACCUGGAGUACUUUUCCCAAGCACAGACUCUGUACAACACAAAGAGCUGCCUUCAACCCAGCCAGGAGUGCCUCCCCAACACCUGCUCCUCCAGGUGCCACCUCCCCACUGCUAGGUGCUUGAGGCCUCCCUCCAGGAUACUGCUGCUGCUGUCCCCACUGCUCAGGCACACUGCAGAACCCCCUUUGUCACUCCCCCCUCAGAGCCCAACUUCUAAGGCACCAAACACCCAAGAUUAACAGGCUUUUGUUGCUGAACUGGACAUAUACAUUGAGUCUUUUCUUAUGGUCAAAGGAGUUGAAUUCUUGCUGAUCCACCAAAGUUGACUGUGUUUGUCACCACGGAGCUUGUCCUUUGAGUGAGCUGGAUUUAUACUGCCCCUGCCACGACAUAGCACCCUGGUGUCGUCGGGAUGCCAGGCAUGGAUGCAUUCCAGUCCCAACAGCCCCGAAUUCAUCUGUCAUCAAGGGCUGGGACACAUGAGGCCUUAGGUCAAAUUCUCUAUUCAAAAAGCCCAAAAAGUCUUUGAAAUAUGAAUUCAAUGCUGUGUCUCCCUCUCUAGCUUUUUGUUUGUUUGUUUGUUUCUUUGUUGCUGUUGUUUGAGACAGAGUCUCGCUCUGUCGCCCAGGCUGAGUGUAAUGGUGUGAUCUCAACUCACUGCAACCUCUGCCUCCUGGGUUCAAGCGAUUCUCCUGCCUCAGCCUCCCGAGUAGUUGGGAUUACAGGAGCCUGCCACCACGCCUGGCUAAUUUUUGUAUUUUUAGUAGAAAUGGGGUUUCACCAUGUUGGUCAGGCUGGUCUCAAACUCCUGACCUCAGGUGAUCCACCCACCUCGGCCUCCCAAAGUGUUGGGAUUACAGGUGUGAGCUACAGCACCCGGCCCCUCCCUAGCUUUUUGAAAGGAAAAAUACUUGCAUAUCUCACUUCCUGUACUCAUCUUCUUGUCCCUGGUUUCCAUUUUUUGGCUACUCAAAUUCUGAAUGUGUCCCAGAAGGCAGUGAGGCCCUUUCUGGAAAUGCUAAUUAUCUUCCCAGAUACCCCACACCAUCCCCAAGACCAGGCAAAUUUCAGGGAAUCCUCCUCAUUUCACUAGAAAAGAUAAACUUCCCUCCUUAAUCAUUUGUCCCCAUAGAAGAAACCACA